AUGAGUCCAUACCUGGAGCAUCAAUAUAUGUACAUAUCACACCUGUAUCGACGACCAAUGUCCUUCACACCAAAAUGUGAUCAAUCCAGUUUCGAUAGUCGCUUCCUAAAUUGGAAAAAUUGUUCCGACUUGUGUGUGAUAUUGAAAAUGAAUGAUCGUCUUGGAGGACGACGACGUGAAGGUUACUUACGUGGUUGUAUGUCCGAUAUAAUACAUUACAAUCAGACAUUAAGCGCACUUGGCGCAACGAACGCAUGCACAGUUGUUAGGUUGCGUGAUUUGUUCAUUUCUACUGAAAGGUACUUAUUCGAAAAUUCCGAUCAAGCGCAAUUGUGCGCAUGUCAUAGUGAUCUUUGCAAUUUAGCGCCUUCGAUAAUUUCCAUUCAUCGUUUAAUCUAUCUGAUAUAUGUUUUAUUCAUAUUUUUUUUGUAA